AUGUCUGGCUACUCUCAAGAUGAUCUGAUCGAUUAUUCUGAAAAAGAUGAAGGCAUUUUUGAUGAGGAUCAUUCGGCCAACGAAGAAUAUGAUAAAUUGUAUGAGUUAUUGCCACAGCUAAAGAAGCAGGUGGCAGGCAAAUACCAACAUUUAGAUGAAAAAAAGAUGAAGGAACUUCUCUGGAACAACUAUUUCAACGUGGAGGACACUGUUACAGAGAUCAAGGACACUUUCAAGGGGAGAAAUGCCUCUGCUUCUGACGUUCCCCGUGUAAACGGGGGGCUUUCUGGGCUACUGUUGAAACGUCAUUCUAAGUUUCAGCCCUCGUCUGGAGGGGGUUUGGCUGGCUUAAUGGCCCGAAAGCAUAUAAAGGAUGAGGAAAGUACGACUGGAUUGAGUAAGUUGGCUAUGCGGAUCAAGAAACAGAGGAUGGAGGGUCCUGCAACAGUUAUUGAAAGGAUGAAGAAAGUACCGGUUAAGUUAGUGCCACCCAAAGUUUUGGAAUUGCCUCCAAAGAAGUCGCCAGAACCUGCGUCUCCUCCCGUUCGUUCUUUCUCUCCCGAAUUACCCAAACUACCUGAAUUCUCUCUGACUGCUCCAGUCCAUCUUACAUCUUUCCCGUCUAGUUUGCUUACUAGAGUCAUUUUUUUCGAUCAAUUGGGCCAAGCAAGUCCCAAUUUGAUUCAUGAACGGCAUCAAUUAGGGACUAAAUUAAAGACCGAUUUGGAUUUUUUUCGUACCUUUACUAACUCUCAUUCCGAUAUAGCACGCAGGGUCACAGCGAACUUUUCUGAGCCAAGCCCUGACGAGAAGCAGAGAAAGUUGGAUCAGAUGACCAGUGAAAUGUCUAAAGUCAAUCUUUCUAAGAAGAAAGCACCGGCCAAGCCUCACACUACCAAACCAAAAAAGAAGAUUGAUUUGCAGAAAGAACUCUCGGAGAAGUCUAGCAAACCUAAUUUGUCCUUUAUUGUCAUUGGCCAUGUAGAUAGCGGAAAAUCAACGAUGAUCGGGCGACUAUUGUACGAUUUGAAGAUUGUAGACUCCAAGACUAUGCAUAGAUUGACUAAAGAAAGCGAUAGCAUUGGAAAAUCAUCAUUUUCAUUGGCCUGGAUUAUGGACCAAACACCAGAAGAACGAUCCCGUGGGGUUACUGUAGAUAUUUGCCAAACUCAGUUCGAGACUAAGACCAGUAGAUUCACCGUGAUCGAUUCUCCUGGUCACAAGGAUUACGUGCCAAAAAUGAUCAAUGGUGUGACACAAGCAGAUAUCGCAGUAAUGAUUGUUGAUACAGCAUCGUUCGAAGCUGGCUUCAGCAACAAUGGACAGACGAAAGAGCAUCUUACUAUUGCCAAGAACUUGGGUAUCAAGAGGUGUAUUAUUGCCGUGAACAAGAUGGACACUGUUGACUGGGACGUGUCUGAAUUCAUUGGAGUGAGAGACCAAUUGAGUGCAUUUCUAAUAGAGAAUUUAAAGUAUGAAGCUGACAAUUUGAUCUUCGUUCCAACCAGUGGAUUCCUUGGCGAUAAUGUUGUAAAGAAGUCCACAAAUUGUUCCUGGUACAAAGGAAAGCCAUUAAUGCAGUUGCUUGAAGAAGAGAGUCGUGGAAACAAUCGUGUGUUUGACGAAAAGAGCCGCUUUAUCAUGACUAUCAACGACUUACAGCAGGGAAGUCGAGAUGAUGAGCUAAUUCUGGGGGGUAGAAUCAAUUCUGGAUUUGUCCAACCUGGAGAGACGAUUUUGAUUGCUCCUGGCCAGGAGAGCGCCACUGUCGAUAGCAUUUGCGUAAGCAGUUCGGACGUUGGAUCGUCUAUCCUCAAGAAGUCUCUGCAGAACUUGGCAAUUGAAGGAGAGUUUGUCGAAUUGAAGUUGAAGAAAAUUGAUAAUGCGGACAACAUCAAGAUUGGAGACUUGAUAACAAAGAUUGACGACCCUUUAGAGUCUGUUAGAAAGCUCAGAUGUGAGAUCACUUGUUUCAAUUUGGACAGACCUUUGUUAGUUGGUACUCCAUUCAUUUUAUUCAGGGGAAACGUUUCCAUUCCUUCUCGUUUUUCCAAAAUUGAACAGAUUAUAACGGCAUCUGGCAAAUUGAACAAGAAGAGAAAGCACUUAUCGUCCGAUAAUAGUGGCAUCGCCGAGAUUGAGAUCUUAGAUGGAGAAAUUCCAAUAAUAACGUUCAAGGAGAGUGAGAAGUUGGGUCGAAUUGUAAUAAGAAAGGACGGAAAGACGGUCGGAGCCGGAAGGGUGUUGUAG